UUGAAAAUAUUAAAAAAUUUUGCCAGCGCGCAUGCAAUUAAAUGUUACGGUAACAAACAAUUAACCCAAAAAAGUGAAUGCGUCUAAAACUACGAAAGCAUAACGGUGCGAAAGUGCAAUAAAGUCAUUUCGCAUUUGCCGGCGUGAACCAAUAAAAUACCGAUAUACGCAGAGGCGAAAUACAAGCACACAAGGCAGUUGUAAAAUAUAGCAGGACCAGAGCACCCAAAAGUCCGUGGGAUCCGCCGCCGCCACCAGCAAGAGAAGAAAAGCAACAAAGAGCAAACCCGUAUUAGAUUCGGCGCACUCUUAACACCAUCCACAUACACACAGAUACAAAACAAGAGAGGGAGCAUUGUUGGGGCUGUUGGGGACGGUCUUGGCUGCGCCGGAUGGCGACGCAUGUUUCAGAUUGCCGAGAGCCAGCAAACGCGUCGAGUGUGCUUUUUAGCGAUGUGCGGGUAAAACAAUAGAGGCGACAACAACACAUACAACAGCAAAAAGUAACCCAAGACAUCAUCAAGAGAGGGAGAGAGAGAGAGAGCGAGAGGAGGUCGUCUCAUAUCAUACGCUGCCGCCGCCGCCGCCGCCGCCCACCCAACCGACCGACCGACCGACUGCGGCGACGAGAAUUCGUACGCAACAAACGAAAAUAAAACAAGCUAAGCAAAAGAGAAAGAACAAAUAACGCCCACCGUAUCGCCGCCCGCCCUUCACCUCUCGCAGCGUGCUUGUUGGAAGAAGCAGAACGAGAAGAGGAGGAAGAAGAUAGCAGAGAAUUGGAGCUUUGCGCAGAAAUCGAUUUUUUUGCCCAUUUUAAGAGAUUUUUUGUGUUUGGAAGCCGGAGCUGGAGUCGAGCCUCUCCCUGUCCUGUCCUGUCCACCCAAGGCAGCACGCGUCGCGUUGUCGGUAUUUUUUUGGACACCCGAAAUAUACUGCAGACCGAGACACUCACACCAGCGCGAAACGUGUUCCACAUGCAAAUGCUGCACUGCCGCUGCUGCUGCAUUUCGUGAAUAAAAUAAAAACAAGAGGAGGAGGAGUCCUUGCAAGAGUGACGACACGAUCAACAGCGCCCCACCCCUUACCAUUGCAAAACAACCGUAAGCCGCGUGCGUGUUCGUGUGCGUGAAGCGUAACAAACAAAAAAAAGGGUACUUAAUCUUCUGUGAUUCUUAAACGGAAAGUAGCAACAAAAUAAACGCGAUAUCUACUCCCCGUGUGCCGUGCCGUCGUGAGUCACAAUAAUUGAGCAGCAUUUGUUGUUGCUACUGUGAAUAGCUUUUUAGCUGCUGCCUGGCAUUGAAGAGGUGCUUGCGAGCGAGCGCGAAAGCCAACGUGAGAGAGGGAGAAGAAGACAAACAGCCAAGAAAUAAUAAUAUUAAAUAAUAAAACCAGCAAAAGAGUGCCAGUGAAGUAUAUAACCAACAAGAGUUUAUACAAAACCAAAAGCAAACGCAAGAGAUAGUUUGUGGCAAAAGAAAAUCGGUUGUUGCGGCCACGAAAAUCAACGGAAAAUCAAUAAAAGGUCUACCCCUCCCUUCCGUCGUAGACAGUGGAAAAACGUGCAAACAAGUUGAGCCACACAGAAAGAAAAAAAAAACGCUGCAAAAAAUAUAUAUAAAGAGAAGCAAAAAGUAAAACUCCGCGCGCGUGUGUAUGUUUGCGCGUAUGUGUGUGACCGUGUGUGAGCUUGUGUUCACGUGUGCAUGUGCCUGUGUGUGUGCGUUAACGUCUAACUGCUAAUCGUAGUCGUUGACGCCGCGUAACGAAAAGCUUACGUAAAGCUCUAAAAAAAACAAAAAAAAUUAAGCACUAACUGCAACAGUUUUUUUGACACACAAAACAACGAAGAAAACGCAACAAAAAACAACAAUAUCAACAACAAAAUAAGCAGCAAAGUGAAACAAGAAAGAAGAAGAGGAAGAAGAUAAACAGCGUAAACGGAAAAGCAAAAGCAAAAUGACAAAAGAUAGAUUAGCAGCCCUCCACGCCGCCCAAUCGGACGAUGAGGAAUCGGAAGAUGUGGCAGUCAAUGUGGAUGGACAUGACUCCUAUAUGGAUGAUUUCUUCUCACAAGUGGAGGAGAUACGUGGCAUGAUUGACAAGGUGCAGGACAAUGUCGAGGAGGUGAAGAAGAAGCAUUCGGCCAUACUGUCGGCCCCACAAACCGACGAGAAGACCAAACAGGAGCUCGAGGACCUGAUGGCCGACAUCAAGAAGAAUGCAAAUCGCGUCAGAGGAAAACUCAAGGGCAUCGAACAGAAUAUCGAACAGGAGGAGCAACAGAAUAAAUCAACGGCAGAUUUGCGUAUACGCAAGACCCAACAUUCGACGCUCUCACGGAAAUUUGUGGAGGUCAUGACGGAAUACAAUCGCACCCAGACCGACUAUCGGGAGCGUUGCAAGGGGAGAAUACAGCGUCAGCUGGAGAUCACCGGUCGUCCCACCAACGACGAUGAGCUGGAGAAGAUGCUGGAGGAGGGCAACUCAUCGGUGUUCACACAGGGCAUCAUUAUGGAGACGCAGCAGGCGAAACAGACGCUGGCGGAUAUCGAGGCACGGCACCAGGACAUCAUGAAGCUGGAGACAUCCAUCAAGGAGCUGCACGACAUGUUCAUGGAUAUGGCCAUGCUGGUGGAGUCGCAGGGCGAGAUGAUAGAUCGCAUUGAGUACCAUGUGGAGCAUGCUAUGGACUACGUGCAGACGGCAACUCAGGAUACCAAGAAGGCGCUCAAAUACCAAAGUAAAGCGCGACGAAAGAAGAUCAUGAUACUGAUAUGCCUCACUGUAUUGGGCAUCUUAGCGGCCUCAUAUGUUAGCAGUUAUUUCAUUAUCCAAGCAAGCAAAUAGAGCGGCAUGCAAAAUCCUGCAUACUAUAUCCAUGUAUUCUAUUACUGUAGAAACCAAUGCAAACUACAACAAAAAACCAAACUACUGCUAUUGUACACAUAUAUUUAAUUGCCAUUUGUAAUGUGAGUUAUGUGAUGAAUGAUCUAGGUUAACACACGAAAAAAAGAGAAAUGUUUUCGCUUUAAGUAGGAAAUAUAAAUUCAAUGCACCAGAG